CCGUGUGGCUCCCAUUCAGGUCAGGAUGGCUAACAGGGUGGCUUCCUACCUGGUGUCCUACGUCCACAUCACACCUUAAAGAAGCUGAAGAGAAAAUGUUAAAAUGUGUCCCUUGCACUUACAAGAAGGAGCCCGUCCGCAUAUCCAACGGGAACAGGAUCUGGACCCUAAUGUUCUCUCACGACGUUUCUGAUAAGACGCCGCUUGUCCUCCUUCAUGGUUUCGGAGGAGGUCUUGGACUUUGGGCCCUGAAUUUUGAAGAUCUAAGCACCGAUAGGCCUGUCUAUGCCUUUGACCUGUUGGGCUUUGGCAGAAGUAGCAGGCCUACAUUUGACAGUGAUGCAGAAGAAGUGGAGAAUCAGUUUGUGGAAUCCAUUGAAGAGUGGAGAUGCGCCCUCAGGUUGGACAAAAUGAUCUUGCUUGGACACAACCUGGGAGGAUUUUUGGCUGCUGCUUACUCUCUGCAAUAUCCGUCAAGGGUUAGUCACCUCAUUUUAGUAGAGCCGUGGGGUUUUCCUGAGCGACCAGACCUUGCUGAUCAAGAGAGACCAAUUCCAGUCUGGAUCAGAGUCCUGGGAGCAGCCUUGACUCCAUUUAACCCCUUGGCUGGCCUCAGGAUUGCAGGACCGUUUGGGUUAAGUCUAGUGCAGCGCUUAAGACCUGAUUUCAAGCGGAAGUACGCGUCCAUGUUUGAGGACGACACCGUGACCGAGUACAUCUAUCACUGUAACGUGCAGACCCCAAGUGGUGAGACCGCUUUCAAAAACAUGACAAUUCCUUAUGGGUGGGCGAAACGGCCAAUGCUUCAGCGGAUAGGAGACCUGCAUCCUGACAUUCCAGUUUCUGUGAUCUUUGGCGCCCGAUCCUGCAUAGAUGGCAACUCUGGUACCAGCAUCCAGUCACUGCGUCCGAAGUCCUAUGUGAAGACAAUAGCUAUCCUGGGGGCCGGCCAUUACGUGUACGCAGAUCAGCCGGAAGAGUUCAACCAGAAAGUCAGGGAGAUCUGCCGCUUGGUAGACUGAGCCCCGGGGCUGGGGAGCCCCGGAGCUGGGGGAGCCCCUGUGACUGACGCCCCUCGAGCAAACCCUGCACCCACGGGAGAGCAGAAGUACGACUCAACCAGGCCGUCCCUCGGUGGACUCUGCACUGUUGUCUUAUGGAAUCACUUCCACAUUUCAGCCAAUGAGUGCCUUCUAGAAGGACGGCUUUCCUUUCUCCUACACAAAAUGGAAGUACACAAAGUCUUCCAAUUUAAUCGUAGCCUUAAAUAAAGGUUAUUUGUCCUUCUGAUGUACUGAAAAAAUGUGGUUUUUCAGCUGAGACUUUUCUCAUUUUUAACCUAACUUUGCUAAUUAGGUGCUUAUCAUAUUGCAGUCUAUAUGCCAAUUUAGGUGACUUCUGGUUUGUUACAUUAAAUACUGUGAUGUGCACUUUAUCUUGUUUGCAUGUAUUUACCGUCUCUAAGAACUGGCAUCGUUAAUCCAAGUGUUUUUAAGUAAAAACUUUUCGAUUUAGAAUACUUCAGUUUUGAAAUGGAGUUUAGAAUAUUUCAUUUUGAAAUGGAAUAAAAGGAUAAGUUUUGAUUAAAAACAUGGGGGUCGAUUGCUAGCGUUAACUUCUGUUUUCCUAUUGGAUGCUUCAGGCUGCAAAGCUGUGGCCAGCAUGUUCGUGUGCUCCAUGGUGACACAGGCUGCGGCAGCACAGUUCCUUGGGACCUUCCGUGUGUGAUCUAGGUCCAGGGCUCUAUGAAAACAUUACAUACACACUCAGUGAUUCGAGUCCUGAGACACUUGACCCCAAAGUCUGUCCCCUUUCCUCCCACACAUGCUGGUCUUUUCCAGGACCCAGGAUACAGCGGAUGGACAGGGUUCCUCAGUUACAGGGAUAUCAGGGCUGAUGUCCCAGUAAACCAAGGCGUACUGUGUUUUCAUGAACAGCUUACUUAGACGGUGCUUAAACUGAAUUACAAUUUUACCACUAACAUCUAAAAUAGGUGGUGCUGUUAUGUCUCCUGGCACCAGAAAUGAGCUAGAACUUGUGUUUAUUUUUUAUUGACUAUUAUGUUAAUCUAAUUUAUAUACUUGAAUCAAGAUUAUAAAAAUCUGUAAUGUUGUUUGAACUGUUUGGCAGAAAUCACCGUUGAAUUUAUAACUUUCUCACAGUUUUAAAGCGACAGAAGCCAUGAAAAAGCUCCGCGUGGUCGCUGGACACUAGGGAAGCCCCGAGUGCAGAGAACACAGGAUUGUCACCAGCCCUGUUUGUCCAGCAGAAACUCAGGUCCCAAACUAAGGACCGGACAAGCACAAAUCACAGCUUGGUAAUUUGGGCUAUUGCAUUUUUAGUAGCUAAUUAGAAAAGUUUUUGGAAAAUAUAAGAUUAUAUCACAGUUAAUUAACCACCAGAAAGAUUAACUGUUCCAUUGUCAACGCUCGUACGUAGAGGAGAAUUAUACCAGAGCAGGAGAAGCAGCUCCCUCUUUUCCUGAUGGUGAAAGGAACUAGUUAGUACAAGAAGCCAACAUGAGACCAGAAGGUUUACUCUCCACCUUGAGAGUGAAAAUAGCCUUUCCUUUGUAGUUCGAGUUUUGGAUGGCCAAAUUCAACCUCAAGGGUGGUAUAAGAUCAGGGCAGUACGUUUGUCUGACGCUCCCCAGUCUCAGUCUCUGCUAGCUGACAGAGAAAGUUUCUACACGAGACACAGGUCCACCCAAACGUCAAGGGAAGCUGACCUUCCCACUGGCUGCUUUGCUUUAUUGGAAACAUGUCAUGAUGCUUCUCAAAAGCUAAACUUCUCUUUGUAAAUGUAAUUUUGUAAAGAUUGAAGUAGAGACAUUUAUAAUAACGGAGAGUUCUUGAGAAUUCAGUGGUUGCUAAUGUUUUUCUUAUGAAAGGCCUCUUAACUCUAUUUGAUCUUUGCUGAGUUAUUUGUACCUUUGCCUUAUUUUACAGAAUAAACUGACAAUGCGAGCACC